UCCUGCUCAACAGCUUGUUAUUCGUUUAUUGCUUGCAGUUCCUUGCGAGUGGGGUGUUGUAGGAGCGCAGAGUGUGAGUUAACUUUCCACGGGUGCCCGUGUUUGUCCCUUGGGGUGGUGUGGGUGUAGGACUGGUAGAUGCGUAAUUCCCAGAGCGGACUUUGUAGCAGGAUACGGGGCUGGCUAUUGAAUGGCUGCGGGAAACCAGGCUGGGAAUGUGGGGAUCCCGCUCUGCCAGACUGGUACUGAGGGCACAGCGUGAGGUGACGUGGGGUGCACGGCUCGCGACCAGCAGCUUCCUCGGGACGAUCCAGGGCUGGAUGAAGCGAGUGUGACGGGUCACGGCGCUCUGACAGGAGAAGCGACCGCCCUGCAGCCCCAGCACAAAGCUUGGGCCCCGGGGAGCUGAGUGAGAGCGGAACCGACCCCCAGCGAGACACUCCGGACUGAGAGCCAUCUCCUGAGUGAGAGACUUCUUUUUCUAUGGGAGAAAGACCGAGAUCAUUGGCAGAGCCCUCCUGUGAGAGAAAUCCUCUGUGACCGAAUCUUAGUGAGUGACCGAGUUCUGACAGAGAGAGAGACUUUCUGAGUUGUGAAGGAUAACCUUCGAGCUGGAAUCCCUCAAAUAACCUCUGAUCAUGAAGGCAGCUGAUGAGCCUGCCUACCUGACUGUGGGGACUGAUGUCAGCGCCAAGUACCGUGGUGCCUUCUGCGAGGCAAAAAUCAAAACCGUUAAACGCCUUGUGAAAGUCAAGGUGACUCUAAAGCAGGACAGCUCAACCCAGCUAGUACAGGACGACCAAGUCAAGGGGCCCUUAAGGGUUGGGGCGACUGUUGAAAUGAAAACACCUGAUGGGUCCCAGCAGGAAGCGAUUAUCUGUAAAUUGACAGAUGCCAGCUGGUAUACUGUGGUUUUUGAUGAUGGAGAUGAAAGGACUUUAAGGCGAACAUCACUGUGCUUGAAGGGGGAAAGGCAUUUUGCAGAGAGUGAGACCUUGGACCAACUUCCAUUAACAAAUCCAGAACAUUUUGGCACUCCAGUAAUUGGGAAAAAAUCAAAUAGGGGAAGGAGAUCCUCUCUUCCAAUGACAGAGGAUGAAAAAGAAGAGGAAAGCAGUGAAGACGAAGAUGAAGAUGUGAAACGUGUUGGUGAUGAACUCCUGGGCAAAGUAGUGUGUGUGAACUGUAACCCUGAAAAAGACACAGAGUGGUAUCCAGCUCUGGUUGUAUCUCCCAGCUGCAAUGAUGAUUCUACAGUGAAAAAAGACCAGUGUUUAGUUCGAUCAUUUGUAGAUACCAAAUUCCAUUCAGUUGCAAGGAAAGACCUUCAUGAACUUGAUAUUAACAUACUGAAAUCUGUUCAUUCUUCUAACCAAGGUAUGCAAGAAGCCUUCGCUUUUGUGAAGUCUCGGACUGUUCCUGAGAACUGGAAAAUGGACAUGAAUGAAAUCCUGGAGUCUUCCUGUAGUGAAGAUGAAGAUGGAGCGCCAGACCUCAGCGAUGGGGAACAGGGCAAAGGUGUAGAGGAAGAAGCAGAGCCAGAAGAGGAAAGUGACCCAGAAGAAAGGGACAAUUUUCUUCAGCAGCUUUACAAGUUUAUGGAAGACAGAGGUACCCCAAUCAACAAACCACCUGUAUUAGGCUACAAGGAUCUAAACCUCUUCAAACUUUUCCGGCUUGUGUAUCAGCAGGGAGGCUGUGAUAAUAUUGAAAGUGGCUCUGUUUGGAAGCAAAUUUAUAUGGACCUUGGUAUUCCUAUCCUGAAUUCAGCAGCUUCCUACAAUGUGAAAACCGCAUACAAAAAGUAUCUUUAUGGGUUUGAGGAAUAUUGCCGUUCUGCCGAUAUUCAGUUUAGGACAAUUCAUCAUAAUGAUCCUAAACCAGUAGAAGAGGUUCCGCAAGAGCAACAGCCAAUGGAAAAAAGUGAUAAUAAAGAGGCUGAAAAACUUCCUGAGGAAGUGAAAAUCGAGGAAGACACCGAUUCCAGCAGUGAACAUGAAAAAGAAGAAACUCAAAUUAAAUCACCAAGGGGAAGGCGGAGACUUCUGACUCCAGUAAUGAAAGAUCUGGAGGAUACUGACAAAAGAAGAGACAGCAACAAGGAAAACAAAGAUAUUGAAGACAAUUUGGACACAAAGGAGGACAAAAAAGAGGAAGAAACUACUCCAAACAGAAAGUGCGCUUUAGGCAAAUUAAAAGGAGAACCAAAAAUAAGGAAGCAGGAAGAGUCUGAUGAAGAAUCUGAUGAAGAUGACGAUAAGCAAUGUGAUGAACGAGAUGAAAUGGAACAUAAGGGAGAUACUGAAGCUGAAGAAGACACUGAGGAAAGGGACUGUCUAGCGGGCACCAAAGUGAAAGUAAAAUACGGACGUGGGAAAACCCAGAAAAUCUACGAAGCCAACAUUAAGAACACUGAGACGGAUGGAGGAGAAGUGUUGUAUCUCGUGCAUUAUUAUGGCUGGAAUGUGAGAUAUGAUGAAUGGGUGAAAGCUGACAGAAUCAUAUGGCCUUCAGACAAAGGUGGACCAAAAAGAAAAUUAAAGAAAAGAUCAAAAAAUAAAGAUGAAAAUGAAAAGGAGGAACGAAAGGAGGAAGAAAAGCAGAAAUCAAAACGUGGCCGUCCUCCUUUAAAAUCAACACUUCAGUCCAAUCAAACCUGUGUCCUGCCAAAGACGCCAAAUAGUGAUGGAAGAUCAUCCACUAAAAAUUCACGGAACAGCUUUUCUGAUUGUUCCUCUUUGUCUAAUGGAUUAGAAGGAGCAGUUCGUAGACGUACAAGGAGGAGCUCAGGCUUGUACGACUCCGAUAGAUGCUCAGUUGAUUCCAGUAGCUCUGAUAGUGAUACGGACGGAACUUCUGAUAAAUUAUCUGUGAAAGAAGAAUUUUUGCCUCUGGUUGCAAAAGAAUUGGAACCUAUCUUCUGCUUAGCAGAUACCAUCCCUGAGGAGGAAAAACCACAGAUCAUUUGUGUGUCAAAAGAUCGGGAAGUGAGUCCAACAAAGCCUGCUGAAACGCUAAAGCAAGAAGUAGAGGAAACUGAACAAAUUGUCCAGAUUUAUGGGGAACAAAUAGAAGAAAUAAAGAAGGAUUCUGAGAUAUCGCCAAAGCCUAAGGGGAGGAGAAGUAAAACAAAAGAUUCUUCUCCGGAACACACACAAAUCUUGCCAGCAACUCAAGAAGAGUCAUGUGUUGAGCCUCCAGUAGAACCUGAAAUGGUAACGUUUCCUUCUUUUCAAAAUGAGGAGGAGUUGGCAAUUAAAGAAGUGGAUCUUCCAGUUGACCCCUUAACAAAGGAGAAAAAAGGCACAAAAAGGAAAACGCUGGAACAAAUGUCUCCUGAGAAAAAGGUGCGUGUUGAGAGUGAGCUAGAAGAGCCAGUCAUUUUGGCAGAUGAAAAACCUGCAGAAAGCUCUGAAGUUCCAGAGCACGUUGAUGCAAUUACGGAAGAGCAGCUUGAAAAUGUAAAUGAGGAAAUGCCGUCAUUAACGGCAGAACUAAUGCCUGAGCAGAACUUUAGGACUGAUGAAUGUGAGAUGCCACUAGAUGAAAUCACUAAAAGCCCCUACAAAGAGGAGCAUAGUGUAAUGCCCUUUAUUGGACCAGAAACUCUGGUGUGUCAUGAGGUAGAUCUGGAGGACUUGGAUGAAAAAGAUAAGGUAGAGGAAAUGGUUAUACAAAAAGUAGAGAUUGACAGACAGACUUUAAAUUCUCCUACAAUGUCACCUGUAGUUCAGCCGCACAACUAUUCAGUGGCAUCUCCGCUAGCACUCAGCCAUGAUGAGUCUCACAGCAUAAAGAGUGAAAGUGACAUUACAAUUGAGGUAGACAGCAUUGCAGAAGAGUCCCAGGAAGGCCUUUGUGAGAGUGAAUCUGCUAAUGGAUUUGAGGCCAGCACCACCUCCAGCACCUGCAGUGUAACGGCGCAAGAAGUAGAAAUACGGGAAAAAGGUCCAAAAAGAAUGAGUGAGGGAAACUGUAAUCUGCUGUCAAAGAAACAAAAACGCACCCCAAAACGGAUAGGUGCAUGCUCUAAAAGUGAAAAGAAUGGGAUAGGGCAGAGCAGUGACAGCGAGGACCUUCCUGUACUCGACACUUCUGCUAAAUGCAGCCCAGUCAAACACACAAAUGUUCCCAAACAACAAAAAAUAGCAAGGUCACCAGCCAGAAUAACCUCUCCGCAUUGUAAAGAUGGAGAAAAGGAGAAGAAUCGAGAGAAGCACCAGCACUCCUCUCCGCGGGCGUACAAAUGGACACUGCAGCUCAGUGAAUUAGAUAACAUGAAUGGAACAGAAAGAAUAGUCUUUCUCCAAGAGAAACUACAGGAAAUGAGGAAAUAUUACAUGUCCUUAAAAUCUGAAGUAGCAACUAUUGAUCGGAGGCGGAAACGGUUAAAAAAGAAAGAGCGAGAAGUAUCCAAUGCAGGAGCAUCAAUGUCUUCAACAUCCUCUGAAACCGGAAUGAGCCCUUCCUCGUCCUCUCCCCCACAAAACACUCUUGCUUUAGAGUGCAGGUGAUACUGGUGUUUUCCCCCCCAGUUAUCAGCUGCCAUGGACAUAUACACACAUCCCCUCGACCCUAAAUACAACCACACAAAGCACUCAACUGGUUUGACAUUGCCAAGUAUUUUUUCUUUUUUUUCUUUCCAAUUUCCCUCUGCUGGAUCGCAUCCCUAAUUCCCAUUUCAUACAUAAUUUUAUUCUUAUUAAAUAAGAUGAUUAGGAAUAGGAGACUAGCAGUCAGCGUGCCACAGUGGUCCCUUCUUUUUCUAAAGAGAAUAAGGACACUUUUUAGAGAUUUGAAUGUCUGAAUAAAGUUUUCCGGAACACAUGAAGUACCCAGGAAAAAAGUGAAUAUGCUAAAGCAUCAAUGUGCUAGCAAAGAUGAAUUACCGUAAAUACAGCAGCUGCACUUGUGAUCUGGCUGCAAAUUACCUUCCCAUUUUUAAGGUCUUCAUUUUGGAAGCACUUGCUAUAUAUAUAUUUAUAUAUAUAUAUAUGUAUAUAUACACAUAAAUAUAUAUAUAUAUAUAUACAGAACUGCCAAAGUCCAAUGUGUUCAGCAGAGUGCCCAGUUUUAAAACUGUAAGCAAGACAAAAUAAGUUGUUUAAGGGAAUGUAGUUGACUGAAAAAUACAUUUAGAAGAAAAAAAGUCUUCCACUUUUUACAGGAAUUUAGAGCACAUGAUUAUGCAAAUAUUUUAACCUUUAUUAAUGUUUACAGUGGAAUUGUGAAUAAGUUUUCAGUGGACUAUAUAUCCCUUGACAAAUAUAUUUUGUCUUUUUCUAUGUAAUUUCAGAGUUUUUAUUUUGUUACAAAAAGACAAAAAGAAAAUAUAUGACAGCAGCGAAGUUAUUUAACCAGAUUUCUAAAGCUGAUUUUUUUUUUUGUGUAAAAUAAGGUAUUAUCUUGCAACUUGUUAAAUAUAUUUAUUCAGACAUUGGAUGUUGUAUUUUUAUGUAUUUUUUAAAAUAUUAAUAAAAUUAAAAAAAAAAAAAGAGGAGGGUCAAAUUUCUCUUCCAAUACAAUAGCGCUUAGUCCUAUCACACUGAAAAGCUAUUACCGUAUUCCUGUUCUUUAAACUUUGGCAGUCCUUGUACGUAAUUACUUAUCAGCAACUAAAUUAUUCUAGUUGACUUCAUAACACUCAUUCUCUGUGAUCAUCUUUGCUAUACUGCCUAACAUAUAUCUCUUGGAGUUGAGAUGCAGCAUUAAGUAAGGUGUGUUCUAUGGAUUGUUCCAUAGGGUGAUACAUUUUGUAAAUAUUCCUUCCUGAAACCUGUAUUUAAAAGCAGUUUUGCAUAUACAUUAUGUACAAAGUGAUUUUUUUUAUCAAUUUGUAUUCAUGUUUGUACAUUAAACAAGGGUUUUUUAAAUCCCUCCUUCUGUGUUUAAUAUGCUGUACACUCAUACAGAUACUCUGUCUUGCCCAUUAUUACUCAGACUACGUCCUAGGUUACCUCAUCCAGUAUCUUGGACUUAAGCUGAUAAGUUAUACAUUCACUUCUAUACACGUUGUAAAUGCAUCUUUGGUAAAUCGGUGAUCAUGCGUAAAAUGUGGCCUGGCCAUGGUGCGCAGGUAAUGGGCGAGAAAGUGCACUAGGCUGUAUAUCAGGACGUUUUACUCGCAGGAGCGGAUAGUGUGUGUGAGCCAAACAGUAUGUACAAUGAGUAGCAUUACUAAAAUCAGUGUAUUUUAUUUUGCCUCAUUGUGAACGCUAGUCUGAUGCCACCAUCUCUGGCUGCAGAACAGCACAAUAAAACAUUCUCCUGUAAUAUGCACUUUUUCUGUCUUUUUCAUAAGCAACACAGAGAUGUAUAUGUAAAAAGCGCUCGCUGAAGAGCAUCAAUAAAGGCCAUGGUUUAAACUUA